GCUGGGCCCUCCACCAGACGCCCUGAGGUUGUAGGAUUCAGAUCUUGCUGCAGCUAGAGAGGAAUCCAGGCGCCCCACUUAGGAACAAUAAGAGGGUUCUAAACGCGCUUUGCUCACUCUGCCGCAGCAUUAUAUGCUAGCAUACAGAGCGGGAAGAGCGACCUUCUGCAGGGACAGGUGUUGAGCUGCGGGUAUCCAGUUCUCCCUCCGUGUGGAACAUGGUGUCAGCUGGUACAGCCGCUUGUAAGGCAUCCCUGGCGCAGCAUUGUCUGACACCAGUUGCCCAGCGCUCGUGCAAAUGCGACAGCUGGCAGCGGCCAGUCCCGGGGCAUGGACCUAAGUCCCAGUUAAAGGGGCUGGAAGCUAGGAGGUUUGUACAGGUGGUGCUUAGUGCCGUAGGGAGAAAAGGAUGGGCGGGGUCGGCGCUUUCAGAGGGGAGGAGAAGCAAGAAAGGUUUGCCUUCACAAGGCGCUCACACUGGUGUCCGAGCGUCCGCCUCGGACGGCGACCGCAAGUCCACGGCGACCGCAGAACGGCCGUCGGAAGCGGAGGACCGUGCAGACACGCUGCUGCGGGGCAUGACGUUUGCGGAGCUGUGCAAUGACUUCGAGUGCAACAGCAGCCCGCAGGUGCGAAACACAGCGCGUCAGCUGGUUAAAGAUAUCCUGGAGAUCAAGGAGGGUGCGCGCUCGACGGGGGUGUUUGCAAAGGACGUGCAGUAUAAGGACCCGCUCCGGUCCUUCAAGGGCCGCUCCAAGUACCGCCGGCUUACAUACAUCCGGAGCGCUUUGAACGACCCCGUCGUGGCCGUACAAGAAAUGAAGAUGCUCAGCACGAGUUCACUCGUCAUCAAGUGGAGUUUCCGGGGGAAGCCGCGGACGCCGCCCGCGUCUCUGCUGCCGGGGGACGUCGUUGUGGGCAUCACUUCUACCUUCGAGCUGAACCAAAUCAGUGGCCAGGUAACGCAGCAGACCGACGAGUGGGACCUCAGCGGGUGUCCCCCCCAGGCGCUGGCUUACUUUAUGGCGUCCCGUUUGGCGUUCAGUACGGUGGAGGCGGGGAAGGACACGGGGAGCGCCGCCAGCAAGCUGCUGAAGAAAGUGCAACCGGAAGACGACUCACAAAUCUACGUCGACCCGACGGACCCGCGGCGGUUUUUCCAACAAGACGACUCCGAGAGGCGGGAUUUGUACCAGGGAGCUUUGGUCGUGGCUCUGAUCUACCUAGGCGUCCAGUUCCUUAAAACCUUCGUGAUAUAAGACGGGUCCUUAUGUUUUUUGUUCGUACUGACGAGAGUUGAGUAGGUUUUGAGUCAAGACACUAGCUCGUAGUUUGAUUUAUCCAUUAGCAGGAGAGCCGUUAGCUUGACCAGGUCGUCGGGCUCACCUUUUUCUGAAGUCUGUGACGAGCUCCACUCGAAACGUGUUGGUAAUCUCGUCGUGGCUUAGAAGCGAAAGGGUCUAGUUUGGUGUGCAAUUUCGGUUUCACAAGUUGGUUGUAGACCGUGUUGAUAGAACGCAGGGUCGAUCGUGUUCCUCGGUUUCAAAUUGAAACUGCGUUUGUCCAAAUUCUUUCCAUAUGGUGCCAGAUUGAAACGAACUUGAAGAGGGUCCCGAUCA